CCGGAGCCCAGAGCCAGGAAGCGGCCGGGAGGGUCGCAGCGAGCCGAGCCGAGCCGGGCCGGGCCGCACCGCGCCGCGCCGCGCCGCCGCCGCCGCCAUGGAGCUCCGAAUCGGGAACCGGUUCCGGCUGGGCCGCAAGAUCGGCAGCGGCUCCUUCGGAGACAUCUAUCUCGGUACGGACAUUAUUGCAGAAGACGAAGUGGCCAUCAAACUUGAAUGUGUCAAAACCAAACACCCGCAGCUCCACAUCGAGAGCAAGAUCUACAAGAUGAUGCAGGGAGGAGUGGGCAUCCCCACCAUCCGGUGGUGCGGGGCGGAGGGUGACUACAACGUCAUGGUGAUGGAGCUGCUGGGGCCCAGCCUGGAGGAUCUCUUUAACUUCUGCUCCAGGAAGUUCAGCCUCAAGACCGUCCUGCUCCUGGCCGACCAGAUGAUUAGUCGGAUCGAAUAUAUCCACUCGAAGAACUUCAUCCACCGAGACGUGAAGCCAGACAACUUUCUCAUGGGCUUGGGGAAGAAAGGCAACCUCGUGUACAUCAUUGACUUCGGACUGGCCAAGAAGUACCGGGACGCCCGCACACACCAGCACAUCCCCUACCGUGAAAACAAGAACCUCACGGGCACAGCGCGCUAUGCCUCCAUCAAUACGCAUCUUGGCAUCGAACAGUCUCGGAGGGACGACCUAGAGUCCCUGGGCUACGUGCUCAUGUACUUCAACCUGGGCUCCCUGCCCUGGCAGGGGCUGAAGGCUGCCACCAAGCGGCAGAAGUACGAGAGGAUCAGUGAGAAGAAGAUGUCGACGCCCAUCGAGGUGCUCUGUAAAGGCUACCCCUCUGAGUUUGCCACGUACCUGAACUUCUGCCGCUCUCUGCGCUUUGACGACAAGCCCGACUACUCAUACCUGAGACAGCUCUUCAGGAACCUGUUCCAUCGCCAGGGCUUCUCCUACGACUAUGUGUUCGACUGGAACAUGCUCAAGUUUGGAGCCAGCCGGGCUGCCGAUGACGCCGAGCGGGAGCGUCGGGACCGCGAGGAGCGCUUGAGACACUCCCGGAACCCCGCGACCCGCGGGCUCCCUUCCACGGCCUCAGGCCGGCUCAGGGGGACACAGGAAGUGGUUGCUCCCACCCCCCUCACCCCUACCUCACACACCGCGAACACCUCUCCUCGGCCUGUGUCUGGCAUGGAAAGAGAGCGGAAAGUGAGUAUGCGGCUGCACCGUGGUGCCCCUGUCAACAUCUCCUCGUCCGACCUCACGGGCCGACAAGAUACCUCCCGCAUGUCCACCUCACAGAAUAGCAUUCCCUUCGAGCACCUCGGCAAGUAGCUGCGCGGCCCCGCUGGAAGGCAGCACCGGAUUCCCGGUCGGGUGGCUUCCAGUGGUCUUCAGUCUGCCGCGCCCCGGUGAGAGCUGCUGUGCCGUGAGGCAGACAUGCAUGGCUGAGCUCCUCUGUUACAGUGGCUUCCUAGUGGCACGUCCCCGGUCUAGGACCCAUGUUAACGCCGGGACUCUCCAGCCACCCACCCAGCGAGCGACACCCCUGGGGGAACAGACACAAACUAAACCGGACAGACUCCAAGCGCUGCCACCCAGGCCCCACAGACUCGGCCUCACGGGCUGGGACGUUGGAGUGUUGUCCCCACGACAGCCCUGCAGUCCGGCAGCCUGACGGUGGUGGCGGCACUCCACUCCCGACGAGUCUGCGGUAACCUCCGACUUCCACUUGGUUAAGACAGUUUUGUAUCAUUUUGCUAAAAAUUACUGGCUUAAAUCUGUGUAAAGAAACCUGUCUUUUUAUUGUUUCUUUCUUGUCUGUUUUGCGGUCUUGAGAGAUGUUCAAUUUAAGUAAUCCUGAAACCAAGAUGUCAGUGGAGUUUCUGUGCAGACGGCGAGAGGCGGGAGAGGGCCGGGCUUUGCUUUUCUGCAUUCUGUGCUUCUGUUUUGUCCUGUGGUCCCUGUGGAGAAGGGUUUUCUCACCUGACGUCUAGUACACGUGUGUGUGUGUGUGUGUGUGUGUGUGUGUGCGCGUGUGUGCGUGCGUGCGCGUGUGAUGACCCACUGUCUAGUCUUGGCUGUCGCGCUCCUGUCACCACCUUGGAGCCCCUUGGCGUCUCGGAUCCAACCAUCACAGCAGGGCCACUGAGGAGACCAGACUGCUGUGGUGGUUGCCUUGGCCUUGCAUUUUGGGGGAGUGGCCAGACUGAAGAGCAGCAUCGAGGGCAAUGAGGGCAUCCAUCCGUCUGUCUGUCGGCAGCUGUGCAUCAAGGACGUCUCCAGUGGAGAUGGUGGAUGAUGACGGGAAAGGUCAUGACCAUGUGUAGACACCUUCAUCCCACAGAGCCAACUCCGUAGACACGGGGUGUUGGCUGGAAGUGCCAGCCCAGGACUCCUGCUCUGUACCCAGCCCUGAACUGACUGCCCACGUGCUCCUGGGAGUGGACAGGACUGUGUCCCUAGACAUAGACCCGGUGGUCACGGCCUUGUGGGGCCUUACUGUGACUUGGCCCCUGAGCAAAGCUUCCUGCCAGGUGGCCACAGUCACCGCAGUGGUGCCGCUGCCACCAGACGCUGUGUGACCCCUUGGUGUGGUCGGGCCCGUGUCUGGGCUAUCCUGUGCCCAUUGAGCCUGUGUCCUCCUAUCGUGUAAAUAAUAAACUUGUAAGACUCACCUGCGCC